CUGUGCGCCCUCCUCGACUGUUCCGCAAUGAGUGCCAAGUCUGCCAUCAGCAAGGAAAUUUUUGCACCUCUUGAUGAAAGAAUGCUGGGAGCUGUCCAAGUCAAGAGGAGGACAAAGAAAAAGAUUCCUUUCUUGGCAACUGGGGGUCAAGGCGAAUAUUUAACAUAUAUCUGCCUGUCAGUGACAAACAAGAAACCCACACAGGCGUCCAUCACGAAGGUCAAACAGUUUGAAGGCUCCACGUCAUUCGUGCGGAGGUCACAGUGGAUGCUUGAGCAGCUUCGCCAGGUUAAUGGCAUCGAUCCUAAUCGGGAUUCUGCAGAAUUUGAUCUGUUGUUUGAAAACGCAUUUGACCAGUGGGUGGCCAGCACAGCUUCAGAAAAAUGCACCUUCUUCCAGAUCCUCCACCAUACCUGCCAGAGGUACCUCACGGACAGGAAGCCCGAGUUUAUUAACUGCCAGUCCAAACUCAUGGGAGGAAACAGCAUCCUCCAUUCGGCAGCCGAUAGCGUGACCAGCGCCGUACAGAAAGCGAGCCAGGCCUUGAAUGAGCGUGGGGAGCGGUUAGGCCGAGCAGAGGAGAAGACGGAAGACAUGAAGAACAGCGCCCAGCAGUUUGCGGAAACUGCACACAAGCUCGCCAUGAAGCACAAAUGUUGA